AAGCUUCGCGAACGUGCGGGUGGCGCGGACCUCUCCACGGUGAACCACUAUGAGUUGCUCUCAGAUCUGGUGGUCGUUCCAAAGUGGCCGUUUGCGCAGCUGGGGAAGCCUCGGGAUGACUGGAUAGUGGAGAACGGGCAUUAUGCGGUGUUUGGUGAAAACUGGCCGAUCAAAGAGGGAUUAACAUCAUUGGCUGAGCUAGAAGGCCACCAGCUAUAUCCAGCUGAUCCCAGUGUCGGCCGCAGACCAGCAUUGAGGUUUAUACUGAGGUCUAUGUUGGUUAGAUAUUCUCACUUGCUCGAUGCCCUUCUCGCUCCACCGCCGACUGCACCCUCGACUGGCGCGUCGGAAUGGGAGCAGCAGACAGAAUGGAUCAAUAUUCUCGCACAGAACGUCAUGGCGGCGGCGAACGAUAUGCGACCCGUGCAGGCCAGGGGCAAGAAGCUCAUGAUGAGACAGCAACUCGAGCUGCGAAAUGAGGAAACAAAGGCAAUCCACGCACAGUGCGACACCCUGGAAGCCAAAAUGGCGGAUAUGCGAGCAGAAAUCCAGCGGUUGCCCCAUGCAUCAACGGGCUCAUCCAGGAAGCCUGUGAUAUUCCAGGGCGGCGGUGGUGAUAAGAUCUUAGACGAGGACGACUCACGUUGGGCAGAGGAGAUCUGAAAGUGCACCAAGCCAGGAUGCAGGUGCUAAUACCCUCGACGAACCGCAGCUAAAACGGUGUCGUUAAGGUAUCCUUCGGAAUCUCAAAUGACGUAGGACUUACGGCAGCUACAUUACCAUUGCAAUUGACUCGCGUGUCUUCAAUACCUAUAUUUGCGUGAAUG